AUGAUUUUAGAGUAUUUAAUAAAAAUCAAAAAUACAUUGAAUGCUCUUUAUUUACUCCAAAAAUAAAUAAAAGAGAAACCGUAGAUGAAAAAGCCAUUAAUAAAUUUAAUGUAGUUAUAUAUUGCCAUUGUAAUACAGGUUCGCGUAUAGAAUCAUUAUAAUUACUCCCUCAUCUUUUAAGUUUAGGAAUAGGUGUAUUCACUUUUGAUUUUUCAGGAAGCGGUUUAUCAGAAGGCGAAUAUGUAACUUUAGGUUACAAUGAAAGUGAAGAUUUGGAAUGCAUUAUAAAUUAUCUUAAAAAGCAAGAAUAUAUAAAUAAUAUUAUCUUGUGGGGUCGUAGUAUGGGAGCCGUAACUACAUUUUUAUUUUUAACAAAACCUAAUUGUAUGCGAUAUGUAAAAGGUGUCGUCUUUGAUAGUGGUUUUGCUAGUUUAAAUUUUUUAGCAUAGGAAGUAGCUAAAUAAAAAACAGGAAUGCCUAAUUUACUUAUUGAUCCUGUUUUAUCAUAUGUAGGCAAUUCUAUAAAAGAAAAAUGCGGAAUUAAUAUAUUAAAUAUGGAUAUAACUAAAUACAUUCAUAAUAUAUAUGUUCCAUGCUAUUUUGUAUGCUCGAAAGAAGAUAAAUUUAUUAACUGUGAACAUACUGAAUAGCUUUAUAACAGAUAUAAUGGACGAAAAUGGAUUGAAUAUGUAUAAGGAGAUCAUAACGCAUGUAGAAAAAAAGAAACUUUGA